GCUUGGAUGGAAAACGAAUAUCUCGCUUCUCUCCUUGCGGCGGUUGUAUGUAAUUUUUUCAUGUUGCGCCUCGUUUAGCUAGAGAAAAAUCAUGAAAGCGUCCUCAGGAAAUUGUGUCUUGCAAAAUGCUUAUAUGAAAAGGGCCUCACCCUGCGUUAACCAAGUGUGAUAAGGAAAACACUUGGAAAAGUAAAUUUGAAGGUAAAUAAACGAAUAUGAGUCGUGAUAGCUUCGCUGAUGCAAGUUUAGCUGGUAAAUACAGAUAAGAUACAAUCAUAAUCCUCCUUAUUGAUUAGGCGAUUAGUCAACAUACCGAAAAGCAAACAUAUUAAUUGUUUUCUGAUAUUCAUACUCAUAUCUGGUGAGGUUUCCGUUUAGACAGCUACUUACCCGUCGCUUCAAUAUCCCAUAAAAGAAAUGUCUUGGCCCGGCCACCACCACGGCGGUCCACCACCGCCUCCUUGCCACGGUGGCCCACCGCCUUGCCACGGGGGUCCGCCUCCACCACCUCCACAUCACGGAGGUCCGCCUCCUCCAUGGGGCGCGCCGCCACCUCCAUGGGGCUGCCCACCGCCUCCAUGCGAUCCAGGAUUUGGUGCGCCGGUCAUACCUUUGGACCCUUGCGGGCCCCAUCCGCCUCCACCAUGGGGAUGUCCGCCCUGUCAACACUCAUGGGACACCCCAGGGUGUCCUUCGUGCGGUGGAUGGAGAUGGGCGUAAAAACCAUGCAGCUCUUGUGAUUUUAGUCAAUUAAUCCGCAGACACAGCAAUGUUUAAUGGUGAAAGUAACGUCGAUUUGAGAUUUUUAAGUUGAAUAAGGCUCAGAAUGUCGAUUUCAAUGUGAUGAUGUAAUAAAAUGAUGUAGUUUAGCGAGUUGGGUGUACAUUUAUUGGAAAUUUGAAAAAGCAUGGAGACGCUAGCAAGUUAUCGUUUUUUCGGGAUUAAAAUAUUAAUGGGAAUUCAGAUUUAAAUCGCAUUAAACGGGUUUUUGUAGCGCAAAUUGUACAUUUACUGUUUUUUGGAAAAAAGCUUGAACAAGACAAAAUAACACACGUGUUUACCUUCAUGUUUUAUGUGAACACCGGCGGUGCAUCCUGUUGUGUAAUAAUAUUCGGAAGAAAACUCGCAAUUGUGGUUUUGCACUUUUGUUAUUUAUUAGCGUUUUUACAACUUGACCAUGAUCUUCUAGAACAUUUACAUAACGUCCAGGUUCACCCUUUUCUUAGCCCCUUCCACCAAUUUCUGUCAAAUCGAGUCUCCAAACUUCAACCCCAAUCUGUCGCAAGUUUCCCAAAAUCAUGCAGUCCCAACCCAGAAAAUCUGGCUUGUAUUUCAAUCACCAAUCGAGAUCUUCCGUUAAGUUUCCCUCAAAACCACCCAGUCAGAUCCAAAAAUCCUCCGUGUCCAUUCAAACUGAUAUUUUUCUAAGCGUUUGUGACUUGAGCGCGAUGUCCGUGGACGAAAUCAAAGAACAAUAUAGCAACACCUUGAAGUUCCUCAACAAUUGCCACGAAUUCAUCAACAGUGUGUUUCGAGGGCAGGCUGCUAGUGCUCAUUUGAUUGGUGAACGUUCCUUUGAUUUUCGCGCUCCCGAAGUGCCAAAUUAUUUUAGUGUCUUGGAAGUGUUUUUGGCGAGGACCCAGACGCCUGGAUCGACAGAUAAUGAGCAAACCAGCAAAUCGGAGGCGAGCAGUAAAAUGAAUUUUUCACCCAAAGUGGAAGAAGAGGAUGAGCAAAUCUUGUUCGAUUUAAAGCAGUUUUUGCCCAAACUCCCGAAUCCUCCUAACAACUGUGAGGAGGUUCGAAGACUUGCAAAGAGCAGCGCAAAAAUACUUUGCGUGAAAUCCAGCGAGGACUCAAAAGAGGAUUUCCACAUCCAGAACCCACUCUCCACCUCUCCAUCCAGACUGGUUAGAUCGGGAAAAGACAUUAUCAAGCCCAAUGGAAAGGACAUGAAGGCCCUCUCGUCAACUUUCAGGGAAAUUUUGAAGACCUGCAACGAAUUCGAGAAUAAAUCCAUUGAAUAUUUAAUAAAAAACGACGUUCCCUUGAAUGAGCCUCCAAUCUAUCCCAAACACACCAAGAAGGCAACAUCGGCCAACCCCAAAAGUGGAGAUCGAAAGCCUACAGGUGCCAACUCCCAAGAAGAAAAUCAGCAUGCCACACCAAACCCACUGGAGACUCGACCAAAAGGCUUCAACCUGCUAGAGUACGCGUUGAGAAGCCACCAAACUCCUUCCCAAAGCUCCAGCUCAGCACCCUCGUCCCCCAGACUAUCAAACGAACCAUCCCUCGGUACCUUAGGCUUGGUUCCAAAUAGGGAGUUCUUCCUUAGGGCUGCCUCAAAUAUUUACUCAAACUUCCAAGUAACCAGGCAAUCAAUGACGGUCCUCAAUCAAGCCCAAUGUCGCAGCCCGAAGCGCGUGAAUGAGAUGUUCAAGAAAAUUUCCCGGGAGACGAUCAAAAGUGAAUCAAAUGAGGAUUUUACCCGCUUUAUUGAGUAUGACGAUUUAGUGCAAGGCUGGGGGGAUGAUUGCGAAAAGGACUUCAGUUCCUGUGAGAGCGUUAUAUUGAAUGACGAGGAGUUUCAGAAGCGCAACUUGAAAACAACUGCAGCUUUCAGCAGGCAAAAGUUGGAGUAUGGUAGGAAGGGGGGCAGAAAAGAUGAUAAGUUUUGGCAGGGCUGCUUCGCCCAUGCAAGUGUAGACCCAGAGGACCAUCUACUGAAGUGUAACCCCUUGAAGCUGACCGACAAGGACAAAUCGAAAGCAAACGAGAAAGUGCUGCGCACCAUCGGUCUUUUCACCGAAAAGGGGGAAAUUCGACCUGGAGUGAUCAGCAUUCUUGAGGAAAAACAGCGACAGAGCUUAAUGCAGAACAGAGCGAAAAAUGUCCAGUUCCGAACAGAGCGGAAGUUCGACUUGGAGGUGCGAUUUAAUAAUCAGAUGAUGGACGGUGUUACGUCUGAAGAGUCCUUUGGGAGUGAGCGAAACUUGGGGCCACCUACAAGCAUGACUGGACAUACUGAAAGUUUGAACGCUUCCAGCUCGAGUACUGUGGGCGAGUCGGAUAUCAUGAAAGAGAAUGCCAGGGCGAAUCAGGCUUUAAUAAAGAAAUGUAAUUAAUUGAA